AUGACUUGGUUGCAGCAAGGACACAAAUACAAUACACUCUUUGCUUCAGAAUUGAUCACGGGCUUUACUGUGUUGUGGCUGCUUAGCAACUUUCAAAAGUCUACCCAAGUGCAUUGUCUAGGUGCUAGAGUAGACUUUCAAGAGUCUACCCAAGCGGAGUGUCUAGGUGCUAGAGUAGACUUUAAAAAGUCUACCCAAGUGGAGUGUCUAGGUGGUAGAGUAGACUUUCAAGAGUCUACCCAAGCGGAUUGUCUAGAUGGUGCUAGAGUAGACUUUCAAAAGUCUACCCAAGCGGAUUGUCUAGAUGGUGCUAGAGUAGACUUUCAAAAGUCUACCCAAGCGGAUUGUCUAGAUGGUAGAGUAGACUUUCAAGAGUCUACCCAAGCGGAGUGUCUAGGUGGUAGAGUAGACUUUCAAAAGUCUACCCAAGCGGAUUGUCUAGAUGGUGCUAGAGUAGACUUUCAAAAGUCUACCCAAGCGGAUUGUCUAGAUGGUAGAGUAGACUUUCAAGAGUCUACCCAAGCGGAGUGUCUAGGUGGUAGAGUAGACUUUCAAAAGUCUACCCAAGCGGAUUGUCUAGAUGGUAGAGUAGACUUUCAAGAGUCUACCCAAGCGGAGUGUCUAGGUGGUAGAGUAGACUUUCAAGAGUCUACCCAAGCGGAGUGUCUAGGUGGUAGAGUAGACUUUCAAGAGUCUACCCAAGCGCAUUGUCUAGGUGCUAGAGUAGACUUUCAAGAGUCUACCCAAGCGCAUUGUCUAGGUGGUAGAGUAGACUUUCAAGAGUCUACCCAAGCGGAUUGUCUUGGUGGUAGAGUAGACUUUCAAAAGUCUACCUAA